GUGUGGAGGACUCUACAAAGUCAUCUGCUAAGGCCAGAGCGACCGUGCUCUCAGCUUCCCUGUGCACAGAGAAAUAGGAAUAAUGCUUUGCACCCCCUCUGGAAGGGCCCGACCUCUGUGCCAGGGGGCACCCGGCAAUCCCCCAUCAACAUUCGCUGGAGGGACAGCGUCUAUGACCCCCAACUGCAGCCUCUCCGGGUCUCCUAUGAUGCGGCGACCUGCCUCUACGUCUGGAACACCGGUUACCUCUUCCAGGUGGAAUUUGACGAUGCCACCGAAGGGUCAGCUGCAUUUAGUUCACUGGAAUUCUGUGAAAUACCGAAAUUACAAAGACGCUGUAUUGGGAGAGAACGGCUUGGCUGUGAUAGGCGUGUUUUUAAAGCUGGGGUCCCAUCAUGAGGCACUGCAGAAAUUGGUGGAAGUCUUGCCGGAAAUAAAACACAAGGAUGCGCGGGCAACCUUGGGCCCCUUCCAGCCCUCCUGUCUGCUGCCCACCUGCCAGGACUACUGGACCUACCCAGGCUCCCUCACCACUCCUCCACUCACCGAGUCGGUCACCUGGGUCAUCCAGAAAAAGCCCAUUGAAGUGGCUGCAAACCAGCUGGCCGCGUUUCGCAAGCUCCUGUUUUCGGCACUUGGUGAAGAAGAGAAGACGAUGGUGAACAAUUACCGCCCAAUUCAACCCCUAAUGAACCGGAAGGUCCAUUCAUCCUUCCAGGCCACUGAAGAGGGCAUCAGAUCCUAAAUUCAUUAUGUCCAAGUCCAUAGGUAGAACUGACUUUAAAAAGAGGAAGUGUUGUUUCCCCAAGGUUUCGUGGUCUGAUCAUCCAUAACCUCUGAAAUUAAAAAGAAACAGAGAUCAUUGUUUUAGUCAAUGUACUUUUCAGUUGCAAUAAAAAGAAUCACUUGAAAGAAG